UAUGAUAUGACCGGCAAUGGCAUGUCCGCGGCCGGGGCCCGUCUGUCUUUCGUCUUCGCGAUGCGCGGUCCGUGCGUUGCCACGGAUACCGCGUGCUCGUCCAGCCUCGUCGCCACUCACCUCGCGGUGCGCCAGAUAGAGCACGGCGAGUGUGUUCAUGCGCUGUCGAUAGGAAGCAGCAUGAUUCUGAGCCCGCGCGGCGCGUUUUCCAUGUUUUCCAUCGCUGGGAUGCUGUCGACGAGCGGCCGAUGCCACACGUUCGAUUCCCGCGCGAACGGGUAUCAGCGCGGCGAGGGCUGCGUGAGCAUCGUGAACAGCUCCGGAUGUGGGGCUUUUUUUCUGUCCUCUCACUCCAAGGUUUUGGUCCUCGGCACGGCCGUGCAGCAAGACGGCCCGAGCGCAAGUCUAACCGCGCCCAACGGGUCAUCGCAAAAACGACUUAUCGAAAAUGUUCAAGAUAAUGGUGCCACUUACCGCACGCUGGAAGCGCACGGCACUGGUACGGCACUUGGAGACCCC